AUGGCUUCGAAGCUGGAGAACGGGUCGGUUGACCCGCAUCCCGCGUCUGAAAAGACGUCUGCGCCGCUCGAAGACGUCAAUCUGGGAGUGGUACCCUUGGAGGAUCUCCCCAAGGGUCGCUGGGAGCGCAGCUGGCCUGUUAUUGCUUGCGGUGCUGGUCUCUUCUCUGAUGGUUAUCUCAAUGGCGUUAUCGGGCCCGUGAACACUUUGUUGGACAAGAUCUAUCCCGAUACGUAUGCCAAGUCUCCCGCCAGUCAAAAUGUCUCCUCCAUCGCCUUCGCGGGGACGGUCGUCGGCCAACUGGUUUUCGGUGUUGCGAGUGAUUACUGGUCGCGCAAGUGGUCGCUGAUGGCUUCUACCAUCAUCCUCAUUAUCUUCGCUGCGCUGUGUGCGGGGGCCUAUGGCUACCAUGGCAGCCAGUAUGGUCUUUUCGCUGCUCUCACGGCUUACCGUUUCUUUCUGGGUAUUGGGAUUGGCGGCGAGUACCCUGCCGGUUCGGUCGCGGCGGCUGAAAGUACCGGUGAGCUCAAAUCGGGCCACCGCAACCGUUGGUUCAUCUUCUUUACCGACUUUGUCAUCGAUUUUGGCUUUGUCGUCUCGUCUCUCGUCCCCAUGAUCCUGGUCUUGAUCUUCACCGAGAAUCACCUCCGUGCGGUGUGGCGGAUUGCUCUGGGGUUGGGAGUGCUCCCUCCACUCAGUUUGCUGUACCUGCGGUUCAAGCUGAAGGAGCCUGAAGAGUUCAACCGGGAGCGGAUGCACAAAUACCCGUACUGGUUGAUUCUCAACAUCUACUCCUCCAAGUGGAUUUCGAUUAUCCUGGGAGACGAUGCUCCCUUGUGGAAAAGCUUUGCAUGGUCCGCCCUGACAAAUGUUUUCUAUCUCCCGGGGUCUUUUGCCGGCGCGUUCAUGAGCGACUGGAUCGGCCCGAAAGCUUGUCUGGCAUGGGGAGUCUUCCUUCAAGGUGUUGUAGGAUUCAUCAUGUCGGGCUGUUACCAGUGGCUUGCAACCCCCCAGAACGUGGCGGCCUUUGUCGUCGUUUAUGGGAUCUUCCUAUCCCUUGGUGAACUGGGCCCAGGGGACAACAUCGGAUUGCUGGCCUCGAAGAGCAGCUCGACCUCGGUCCGGGGUCAAUACUAUGGCAUCGCAGCUGCAAUGGGCAAGGUGGGCGCCUUUGUGGGAACUUAUGUUCUCCCGCUUGCGCAAGAGAACGCCCCCAAUCCGAUCCGGGCUGGUCAAGACCCCUUCUUUAUCUCCAGCUCGCUGUGUAUCUUGAGCGCGGUGCUUACAUGGCUGUUUAUGCCUUACAUCGGACAGGAUACAAUCACGGAGGAAGAUGCCCGUUUCCGCCAAUAUCUCGAGGCCAACGGAUAUGAUACCUCUACCUUGGGCAACCAAAGCCACUGGGGCCUCCUGCAUGUCUCUUUGAUGGAUCAUGGUCCACAAAUGAGUAAUGCCCGCUGGACAUCAAGGCACGAUUUUAUGGGUUCCCUAUAUGUACAUAGAGCGAUUUGA